CAUGCUAGAAUUCAUACAUACAAAUGAAUAAAAAUACAUAUUCAAAAUCCGUAUUCAUUAUUCGUUGAAUACAUUUUGUCCAAAAUUGCGAAUGUUACUAUGUGAAAUAAAAAUAAUUUUUCAUGUACGUACGCGCGCACUGAUCACGACACACUGAUUGACUACAACUGACACUUUGUGACGUAAUAUCUCGCCGUAAUCGAUUCUUACCAAUUGUCACUUUAUUUCGUCAAUUCAACAACACACAUAGAGAGAAGAUUCGGAGAUACCGGCGAAUUGUACACUAAACUUGUUUAUUAUCAUCCACACGACGGAUUGCGAUAGAGUGUCAGCGCACUGGCAACGUAUCUGUUCUUUUCGCGCGAUUUGUUUCACAGCACGUGACAUAACGUUGAUAUCAGAGAAUAAAUACAUUACAUCGUGUGUAAAUCUUUGAAUUCUUUACAUGUAGCAAGAAAACAUAUUUACUACGCUAGCGCACGUAUAUUGCAAGGAAGAGCGUGUCGCAUUACGCGUUCGUUUAUCGCCGCGCGUAGCUCGCGGCCACGUGCGCGUUCAAUUAAUUAUCGAAUCAGCAGUUGGCGCGAGUACAGUGAAAAGUUCGACUGAUCGGAUCGCUAAUUCGACUACCGAUGCAUUCGUUCUCGCGGUGCUCUUUCUGUGUUCUUUUUACUUUCUUCGAUGAAAGCUAUUGAUCGGAUGUUGUGAUUACUUGAGCGACGACAUGUCGACAACUGCCCCAGAAUUGAUGGUCAGACGACCGGUCUACCAGCAGGACGAGCUUAAUCACUUGUGCAAAUACGUAAAGCCCAAGAGAACCCUUAGAAAUGAAGUGACAAAACGAUGCAAGAAGAUCAAACCGAUUGCACUGUUAAAAAAAACGAUACCUCUCACCGACUGGCUCUUUUCUUACGACUGGAAGGAUAACAUUUUAGGAGAUAUCGUCGCCGGAAUUACCGUGGCGGUAAUGCAUAUUCCUCAAGGUAUGGCGUAUGCGAUUUUGGGCAAUGUUCCACCGAUUGUCGGUAUGUACAUGGCUUUCUUCCCGGUUUUGGUGUAUUUUUUUCUCGGCACAUCCAGACACAACUCUAUGGGUACGUUCGCGCUCGUCUGCAUGAUGACUGGAAAAGUCGUUACCACAUACAGUUCCGCUACAGUUUCGAUAAAUAACACGUCAACCGAGAAUGGUACCUUAAUUUCCAACGUAAGCCAUCAAUACUCGCCGGUGGAAGUUGCAACCGCAGUCACAUUCACAGUUGCCGUCAUACAGUUAGGAAUGUACGUGCUGCGUUUGGGCGUGAUCUCAUCUCUCCUCGCGGAUAGCCUCGUGAGCGGAUUCACUACUGCAGCGGCGAUGCACGUGUUUACAUCGCAAAUAAGGGACCUCUUCGGACUGAGCGACCUGCCGCGACGCAAAGGUGCAUUCAAGCUUAUUCUCACUUAUGUAGAUGUUUUCAACAGUCUAAAUAACAUCAAUACAACCGCUGUAAUACUAUCUACUAUUACUAUUUUAGCGCUUAUUUUCAAUAACGAAGUGCUUAAGCCAAAAGUCUCGAAAUUAUGUCCCUUCCCAAUUCCGAUAGAAAUGCUUGCGGUGAUAAUCGGCACUCUGGUGUCGAUGCAAAUGAACCUAGCGGAUACGUACAACGUGAUAACGGUGGGCGAUAUACCAGUGGGAUUGCCAAUCCCGUCGGUGCCACCAUUAUCUCUCGUACCCAGCAUUUUAAUGGACAGUUUCGUGAUUACCAUGGUUGCUUAUACAAUAUCGAUGUCUAUGGCUUUGAUUUUCGCGCAAAAGAUGGGCUAUGAGGUCGAUUCUAAUCAAGAAUUAAUAGCACAGGGACUGGGAAACCUUGUAGGCUCCUUUUUCUCCUGCAUGCCAAUCACGGCUUCAUUAUCGAGAUCAUUGAUUCAACAAACCGUAGGUGGACACACGCAACUUACGAGCUUAAUAUCGUGCGGAAUCUUGAUCAGCGUAUUGCUAUGGAUCGGUCCAUUCUUUCAACCUCUACCACGAUGUAUUCUAGCGAGCAUAAUUGUGGUGGCAUUGAAAGGAAUGUUGAUGAAGGUGACCGAGUUCAUGAAAUUCUGGAGGUUGGACAAAACGGACGCUGGCAUUUGGGCCGUCACCUUCAUUAUUGUGAUUCUUCUCGACGUCGAGUAUGGAUUAUUAGUUGGCGUGCUUCUCUGCAUCGGAAGGUUACUUGUACUCGCGGUGCACCCGUACACAUGCAAACUCGCUCUAGCGCCUGGCACUGAGCUCUAUUUAGACGCCAGGAGAUACAAAGGAACUGUGGAGGUUCCUGGCAUUAAAAUCUUUCAUUAUUCAGGCAGCCUAAAUUUUGCGUGUAGGCAAUAUUUUCGUGAGGAAGUGUACAAAGUUGCAGAACUGGUGCCUCAAAAAGAACUGAAUAAACGAUUGAAGAGCACAUGCACCGGCGCCGCGGAAGAAAUUAAAAAGCUACGUAUUCUUAUAUUGGAUUUUACCGCGUUAUCGCAUGUCGAUCUGGCGGGUGCGAAUGCAAUGCGAAGUAUUGUCGACGAAUAUUGCAGAAUAGAAAUAUCUGUUUACAUAGCAGGUUGCUCCGGUCCUGUGUACGAAACGAUGAGAAAAUGCAAUCUAGCCGAACAAAAUGAGAAUCAUUUCUUCGCUAUGUUUCCUACUGUCGCAGAUGCGGUGCAUUUCGCGCGUUCUCAUAACGAAGUACCGUCGACGCCUGCAUGCGCUCGCAUCUAUGACGAAAACUACAUCAGCAGACUUUGAAACCCGUACGAAAACCUGAUAGAAUAGCAUUUGUAUGGAACUCCAAGAAGUGUUUUGUAAAAUGCGAUACAGAACGCGAUUUUCAUACCUUAUCAAGAUUAUUUAUGCGCUUCGCAAUGUGGCUUAUUUAUCUAUAAAAAGUAGUAGCAUUCAAUGCAAUAAGUAUGUGCAGAGAUGAUUCGGUUAUGCACAGACAGUAUUGUCGUAUGUUUGAUAAAACUUAAGUUUCACGAGAUUAUCGAGACUCUUGUUCCGCUCAGAAAGGCGAAAAUAAAUUACUUAAACAAUUUCCUAAUCAUAAUUAGAAUUAUAAAACUUAAAUGUGAAAAAGAUAUAAGAAAUUUAAAAAUUAGAAAUGUUUCUGUAUGUGUUAAUAUUUUUAUAAGAAAGAUUAAUUGUAAAUAGCCAUGUCAUCUUAUUCUUAAGAAUGAGACUAAAUAAAAGGCUAA